GUUGUUUUUUGUCAGAUGGGCAAAAAUAUAUAUAUUUUUGGUGUGCCACCGCAGACUGUUAGUAAUUAGUUUAUGUGCCAUGAGAUGAAAAAGAAGGGCCUUUGGAUAUUUAUAACCUCAUUCUCGGGCCAUGCAACAUUAUCAGCUUAAAAAUUAUGUUGCUCUGAAACAAGCUCUUAGAUUUAUUGAAUUUCAAGUCCCGCCUGCAGUUGCCUUGACAGGGCCAGACCAAAUGACACCGCACGUCCUGGGGGGCAUUCCCCACCCCUGUUCUAGACCAAGAGCCAGGGUGCUGUGGCUGCCUCCAGGUCCUUCCUGUGCGCGCGCACGCACAAGCCUGCACGCACUCCCACGUGGGGUGAAGCCAGGUGCUCCUCGAAGACUCUUCUGGGGAGUGACUGUGACCCAUGGGGCUCCCUGAGAAGUGGCCAGUAAAACCCCUCCAGCUAGGAGACUUCUCCCUCCCGUGCACCCCAGCCCAGGGUACUGCCCAAGUGCUCCCAAGGAAUGAGAGGCAUCCUCCUCAGGGGUAACCCCCAGGGCAUCGGGACCCAGAGCAGGAGAAGAAAAGUGAGGCAAACCUGGCUCCAACAAGUCCUCCAUGGCCAGCAGGUCCAGCUCACUCAGGGCCAGUGAGGUGCAAAGUUAAAGGAGGCCAGUCAGCUCCAAGGACCAACUGUGGACAAGCACGAGACCUCCAGGGCCUGGGAAGCCGCUGAGGUCCUGCAGCAGCCCCUGGGGAAAAUCCUUGGAAUCAACCCUGUCUCUGCCUACUCCCCUACGCUCCCCCCCACUGAAGUUUCCUCCAGGAAGCCCUCCAGUCCACCACUCAGGUCCUACCAGCUGCUUGGCCUUGAACUCUUACUGGCAGCCUGACUGGGGCAAAUCACUUUCCUGUCUGUGAAAUGGGAGCCUAAGCCCCAGCCCAGACAGACUGAUAAAUAACCAUGAGUCCUGGGUUCUUCCACGGCUCUUCCUUCCAGCUUAUAGGGGGUGCCAAAGGCAGCCCAGGGGUGAGAAACAAGGCCUGGGUGGCCUCCUGCAACCCCCACUGGAAUCUCCCCGGCCCCUCCCUCCCAGAUUAACUGAAACCUGCUAAUUGUGGCAGCCCUCGGCCUGGUCCCCUCCCCCACCGCCCGAUUCCACCUCCCUUGGCCUCCUCUCCCCUCCCCCUUCCAUCCGAAUGAUAAAGGGCCCGGCCCCGCCUGCCCCCACCCAGCCUCAGGCCCUGGCCCUGCCUCACCUUCCUACUCUAUUGCCCGGCGCCCUCAGCCCUUCCGGACCCUGGCCCACGUUGCAGGCCUCCCCUUUAUGGGGCCCUGCAGCAACCCGGGCCUGGGGCUCGCGGGGGCAGAGUCGCCCUCCCAGCCCCCCAAGAGGAGGAAGAAGAGAUACCUUCGGCAUGACAAGCCUCCCUACACCUACUUGGCUAUGAUCGCCCUAGUGAUCCAGGCUGCACCUUCCCGCCGGCUGAAGCUGGCCCAGAUCAUCCGUCAGGUCCAGGCCGUGUUCCCCUUCUUCAGGGACGACUACGAGGGCUGGAAGGACUCCAUCCGCCACAACCUCUCCUCCAACCGCUGCUUCCGCAAGGUGCCCAAGGACCCUGCGAAGCCCAAGGCCAAGGGCAACUUCUGGGCGGUCGACGUGAGCCUGAUCCCCGCCGAGGCGCUGCGGCUGCAGAACACGGCCCUGUGCCGGCGCUGGCAGGGCAGGGGCGCGCGGGGGACCUUCGCCAAGGACCUGGGCCCCUACGUGCUGCACGGCCGGCCCUACCGACCGCCCAAGCCGCCCCAUCCGCCCAGUCCCCAGCUGCCACCCAGCGAGGGCUUCAGCAUCAAGUCUCUGCUGGGGGGCGCGGGGGAGGGAGCGCCCCGAAGCAGCCAAGGUGGAGCGGGUGCCCUUCCAAGUAAGGAGGAGGUGGUGCCCACACCACCCGUGCCCUCUGAGCGGCCGCUGUGGCCCCUCUGCCCCCUCCCAGGGAUCAUGAGGCCGGAGGGGGAGACUCCCCAGGGGAGAGCUAGCAGGCCUUCACCCCUCUGCCCUGAGCCCAGGGCCUGGCCCCUCCACUUGCUGCAGGGUACCUCCGACCCUGGGGGUCACAGGGCUUCACUUUGGGGGCAGCUCCCCACCUCCUACUUGCCCAUCUAUACCCCCAACGUGGUAGUGCCCUUGGCACCGCUACCACCCACCUCCUGUCCCCAGUGCCCGCCCUCAUCCAGCCCAGCCUACUGGGGCGUGACCCCUGAAACCCACAGCCCCCCAGGGCUGCUGUGGGAUCUAGAUGCCCUAUUCCAGGGGGUGCCACCCAACAAGAGCAUCUAUGAUGUGUGGGUGAGCCACCCCGGAGAACUGGCCGCCCCCACCCCAGGCUGGCUGCUCUCUUGGUACAGCCUGUGAGCUCCAGGGCAGGGGCUGCCAACCCCCACCCCCACCCCCACCCCCAUCCCCGCUGCCACUGGCUUGCUGAGGGGACCAAAGGCCAACGGGAGUCAGAAGUGUGGCCACAGCGGCCUGGAAACACCAGGCACCAGCCACUGUGAGUCUACCAUGUUUAUUGGGCCACCCCACAAAGGGUGUGUCUACUCCGCCCUGAUGGUCAGGCCCCUGCCACCCCCAGCGGCAAGGCUGGGAGGAGUGGCCUUUCCUGUCCCCUUCCUAGUCCCACCUUCUCUGGCCUCUUCUGUCCGUCCAUCCAUUCAUCCAUCUAUCCAUCACCAUCUGCCACCUCCCUCUCCUGGCUCCGGGGUUGGGGGAGGGAGGACUUAUAUGGCAGCUCAGCCUGAAGCCCUCACCUUCCUCAACUGUCUGGGCCGAAGGUGGCACCUUUUUGGGGAAAGGCAUAGGGGAACAGGGACCCGACCUAGUGUGGGUGGUGUCGUGGGAGAGAGAACAGUAAAGGAAUGGACCGCA